AUUACCCUAUAAGAGGACUCACUUUCGCCGUUUAAUAAAGCAAGGGGGGAGAGGCGGUUUGAAGAGAGAAGGGCAGGGGGAGAAAAUGCAGAUCUUCGUGAAAACCCUAACGGGCAAGACUAUAACCCUAGAGGUUGAGUCCAGCGACACUAUCGACAAUGUGAAGGCCAAGAUCCAGGACAAGGAAGGGAUUCCUCCGGACCAACAGCGACUGAUAUUCGCUGGGAAGCAGCUCGAAGAUGGCCGUACUCUCGCCGACUACAAUAUCCAGAAAGAAUCGACGCUGCAUCUUGUGCUGAGGCUUCGUGGUGGGAUUAUUGAGCCAUCACUGAUGGCGUUGGCCAGAAAGUAUAACCAGGACAAGAUGAUUUGCCGCAAGUGUUAUGCUCGCUUGCAUCCUCGGGCUGUUAACUGCAGGAAAAAGAAAUGUGGGCACAGCAACCAGUUGAGGCCAAAGAAGAAGAUCAAGUAGAUGCAAUGGUGAAGGUUUUGGCAGCCCAUGGUGGUAUCUUGGUGGAUAUAUUUUAGGACCAUUUUUGGAAACCAUUCUUGAGACGAAAUUUUAUCAUAUCCCUUAAAACUUCGUCGCGUGAAUUUUGUGUUAGCCAUUUCGUGUUUUGACCAUGCCGAGUUGCUGUUUUAGCAAAUUUCAAUUCCAAAUGACAAUCUCGCACCUCAUCUGGAGCACUUCAUGCCUA